CAGACGGAAGAAGCAGGGAACGAGGAAAUACCGAGCAAACACGUCACGAGACUUUCAUGGGAAAGAAUGAUCGUAACGCUUCUAAAACCCCUUUCAAUUUCGUAAAACAUGAUGUUCGCUAACUGCUGAGGUUGUGUGGUCACUUUUACAAAGAGUUGGGCUUUGAACCUCAUUAUCGAUGAUGUGUUAUCUGUUGAUUCGCUCAAUCGCGGACUGUUUCAGCUGAUCAACUCAUUUUGUUUUCAAACGCAGCCAUUUAGAUUCAUUUGUAAAGAGCUACUGUUUUAUAUGAUCCAGUUAACUAAUGGAUCACAUUGGAAAGGGUGACAUUAAUCACGAGGAAUGGAUGUCAUGUUUGCCAGAGAAACUGUGGGAUGUCCCUUUAACACAUCUCUCAAUACCAGGUAGCCAUGAUGCAAUGAGCUGUCUGGAUAUCACUUCUCCUCUGCUCCGAUCUGAGUCAGACACAUUUAGGUUACUGGAUGGAGUUUUCUGCUGUUUCACACGGCCAGCUAUUUACAGAUGGGCUACCACUCAGGUCCAAACCAUUGUGGAGCAACUUACAGCAGGCAUUCGAUACUUUGAUCUUCGAAUUGCCCACAAACAGUAUGAUUCUUCCAAUGAACUUUACUUCACUCAUGUCAUUUACACACAUGCAACGGUCGUUGAAACUCUACAGACAGUUGCUUCAUGGCUUGAAUCUCAUCCCAAAGAAAUAAUCAUCCUGGCUUGUAGUCAUUUUGAAGGACUGGAUUAUAAACGGCAUGAGGAAUUCAUCUAUUCUCUGAAGAAAAUCUUUGGCUCUAAACUGUGCCCUUGCAACGAGGUCCUUUUGACCUUGCGGAGCCUAUGGACAUCAGGCUAUCAAGUCGUGUUGUCAUAUGAAGACCAGUCAACAUCACGCCAUAAGGAGUUAUGGCCUGCUAUCCCAUACCUUUGGGCCAAUAAGCCUAAUGCAGAAGAGCUGAUCCACUAUCUCGAAUGCCAGAAACAGCUUGGUCGACCUGAGGGUUUUUUUGUAGCAGGCCUGAAUUUAACGACAGAUCGAUGCUUCAUCGCCUCACACCCUCGGGUGUCUCUCCGAACUCUGACCAUGGAGAACUGGAACCGUGUGAAGAAAUGGCUAGAAGAUCAGAAACCAGGAGCUGAACCCACAUGUCUUAACAUAAUUGCAGGUGACUUCAUUGGUCCUGUACCAUUUUGUUCACUUGUUAUUGCUCUCAACAAAAAACUGCUUUAAUUAAGGAGUUUUUGAAGUAAAAUGGGGUUUAUAUGUGAAGUCCUUGUUACAUGUGAAAUCUUUGUACAUGUGAAGGCUUUAAGGAAUUUAUCAAUCAAGGUUUGCAAACUUAGCAUGUUUUCUAGUGAACUAAAGUGUAUUCAGACUAAUGCCUAAAUGUGCAAUAUUCAAUCCUCAAUAUGUUUACAUGUGCCUUUUACUGUAUAAUUAUGGUUGAUGAAUUAAGCAGCCUUUAAAAAUUUUGGAUCAAGCUUUGAGAGUUAAAACAUACAAUUUUUUUCACAGACACAUUUUCUACCAAUAUUGUUUA